ACCAACAAGAACUCUCUCUCUCUCUCUCUCUCUCUCUCUCCAAAUCAAUUAAACAAAACCCAAAAGCGAGCAUUAAAAUUCUCUUUGGCCCUCUCUCUUAUUGGGUCUUAGCUUCACCUAGCUUCUCCAAGAUUCUCAUAUAUUAGGUGUUAUUGUCUUGGAUGACUGUCUCCUAACCUGGAAGUUCAGUGGGUUUGUCCUUGGAGUAUAAAUUUGUUUAGGUGGUGUUUCUGAUCCGAGUGUGGGGUGUGCCUCAUGCGAUUGUUCCUAUUCUAAGUAGUAUCAUUUUCAUGGCUCUUGAAGCUUCUAAUGGAAGGGGGCUUCCACCCAGUUUAUUCAGUGGGGAUGAUAUUGAGUUAAACACGAAUUGGGAAGAUGUGACUUGUCCUAUAUGUUUGGAUUUCCCCCACAAUGGUGUACUCCUCCAGUGCACAUCACAUAAUAAUGGAUGCCGUCCUUUUGUCUGUGACACAAGCCACUUGCACUCAAAUUGUUUGGACCGUUUCAAAACUGCAAAUGGUAUGUCAUCUCCUUCAAAACCUGAUGCUGGUCCGACAAGUGACACUGAGCCAGUGGCAUCAGAAGAUAAAUGUAGGCCAACUUGCCCCUUGUGUCGGGGCGAAGUGACUGGAUGGGUGGUGGUUGAUAAGGCUCGUGUUCAUCUGGACGUGAAGAAGCGUUGUUGUGAGGAGCAACGGUGCACAUUUACAGGUACAUACUUAGAAUUGCAAAAACAUGCUGAACUGGAGCAUCCUCAUUCUCAACCAUCAAAAAUUGAUCCUGCUCGGCAGCUUGAUUGGGAAAAUUUCCAACAGUCUUCUGAGAUCAUAGAUGUUUUGAGCACUUUACAUUCGGAAGUCCCUCGGGGGGUUGUUUUAGGAGAUUAUGUGAUUGAAUAUGGUGAUGAUGAUACUGGGGAUGAGUUCGAGGACUUCCGUGGGGAUGAACGUAACUGGUGGACCUCCUGUAUAUUGUAUCAGGUAUUUGAUAACUUGAGGAACUCCAGAAAUAGAAGAAGAGCAAGAGUUGGUGACACUAGGCGAGGAGGCCGCCGAGCUAGCUAUGAUGCAAAUUCUGAUGAUGGCUCUGUGACAUCUAUUGAUUUCACAGACUACCGGGCAGAUGAUGUUGAUGAUGAGUUUAUGAGUUCAAGUGGCUCCUCUAGAGGUGGCUCAAGUCAUCGCAGCUCUCGAAGACGUCGCUCUCGCUUCUAUGACAAUUAGUGCUUGACAGAAUAGGAAGGAAAGGAAAGACGGAAAGAGAUCUAUUGGAAGUCAAGAAGUGGAAAGCACUGGGAUGCUUGCUGUGGAUCUCUUCUAAGUUUUAAACAUGCAGAAUCUGCUUUUAGAUACAGUGCUAGCUCUUUAAAUCUUUAAUUAGAUGUACUGGGUAGAAACAUGUCAAGAUCCAUUGGCUGCACAGAUCCCUUUGUUAGAACAUCUUGCAUUCAGUUCAGUGGUCUUAAGGAUUGGUGUGAUAUAUAAACAGAUACGGUGUAAUCAAGGUAUGAUGUGUCUUCUGUUAAUCCAUUUCACUUCGGUCCAGACGUCCAGUGAUCUCACUGGAAUUAAAAAGAGGAAA